AUGAAGGUCCUCAUCCUCGCCUGCCUGCUGGCUCUUGCUCUUGCAAGAGAGAAGGAAGAACUCACUGUAUCCACUGAGACUGUGGAAAGUCUUUCAAGCAGUGAGGAAUCUAUUACACACAUCAACAAGCAGAAACUUGAGAAUCUUAAACGUGAGGAGCAGCAGCAGAGACAGGAGGAACGCCAGAAUAAAAUCCACCCCGUUUUCCAGCCACAGCCUCUAGUCUAUCCUUAUGCUGAGCCCAUUCCUUACCCUGUUCUUCCACAGAACAUCCUUCCCCUUGCUCAGCCUGCUAUGGUGCUGCCUUUCCUUCAGCCUGAAAUAAUGGAAAUCCCCAAAGUUAAGGAGACCAUCUUUCCCAGGCGCAAAGUGAUGCCCAUUCUGAAAUCUCCAGUAGUGCCCUCUUUGGACAGCCAAAUCGUGAAUCUCCCUGAUCUUGAAAGUCUGCACUUGCCUCUGCCUCUGCCUCUGUCUCUACUCCAGCCCCUGAUGCACCAGAUCCCCCAGCCUCUUCCUCAGACUACCAUGCUUCCUCCUCAGCCACUGCUGUCCAUCCCACAGCCCAAAGUCAUGCCUUUUCCCCAGCAAAUUGUGCCCUACCUCCAGAGAGACAUGCCCGUGCAAACCCUACUGCUGUACCAGGAUGCCACCCGUGAGGCCCAACCUGUGACUGCCCCAGCUUACAAUCCUGUUAUUGUAAGUCCAAACUUAAUAAUUCCGCUGUCUCACUUAUGA